CAGGCUGUGAGUCAACGAGGAAUAUAAUAAAUAUCGCUGGCGAACAAUAUCGUCAAUAUUUACAGAGGAUAAUAAAAUACCAGCUGUCAAUUACAUACGAACAAAUUUUUGCCUUUUUUUCAAUCGAGAAUGUCCGCAACCAAGACAGAAUGGUACAAGGACCAAUUCCUCAUCUCCACAUCUCAGGAUUUGCUCCAGAUCGAUGUUAUAACUAAGGCGUUCAAUGCGGACUACAUGUACUGGACGAAGGGUAUGCCCGAAGACAGAAUGAAGAAGAUGCUGUCCAAGUCUCUUUGUUUCGGCGUCUAUAUCCUACCCGAAUCCUCUUCCGAUAUCGCAGGCCGUGGUUCCCUCACCCAGAUCGGUCUCGGCCGUCUCGUCACGGACGAAUCCAGCUUUGCCUACCUCACGGACGUCUUCAUCAUCCCCGAACAUCAGGCGAAUGGCCUAGGUCGAUGGCUGCUGGAAUGUAUCAACGAGACCCUAGAUUCGUGGCCUGAUCUCCGCCGCGCAAUGCUGUUCACGAAGGGUGAACCUUGCAUAAAGUUUUACAAGAAGACGAUGGAGAUGGCGAUACUUGAACCCGGCGCUAAUGGAUUGGUUAUUAUGCAUAAGGAUGGCCAUGGGAGUCCAUAUAAGGAAGUCUGAUGUAAUCUGAAGCGAUUUCGCAAGUGUAAUAGAAAAUCUUGCAGCUUUCGUUGAUUUAUAUAGCUCUAUAAAUGAAAUACUGGGCGAGAGAUUCUCAUUGUCAUGUGGAUGAAUGAGUUGGCGGGAUAAAGUAGGGAUAUAAAAUCAUUGAACUCAAAACCAGCACGUGUGUGAUACGUUCCUAGUAACCUGUGGUCUGAAAUAAUGUGUCUCUUAUUUUCAUUUGGACCCUCGGCCGAGGCGGCCCAGGCACCAGCGGGAG